GAAACAGUACGAUUAAAAGACACAUGGGGCAUUUCACUACCCCAGUUACUCUGUGAUGUCACAAUAUUGUCAAGAAAAUGUCUCGACAUUACCUAAUACGCAACGCAAUAUCCUUGCAAAAUCAAUUGCUGGAGGGGGAAGAAAUCGUAGCUGAUGAUCUACCAUCCGACGAAGAAGAAGAUCAUGCAGAAUUAAUGUCAGAUUCGGAUUCAGAGGAAGACUUCGAAGAUGAUUUAAAUGAUUUAUCGAUAGAAACGGAUUUCAUAGAAAAGAAUGAUUGUAUCGACACUAUGCCUAAUAUCGUUUGUGGAGAAAAUGGACAUCAAUGGUUUACAAAAGAGUGGAAGAGGCUACCCAACGAUAAUCAAAUAGAAGAUGAGGCUUACCCAGGCCCUAGAGGAGAAGCGAAAAAUAUAAAGAGUCCUCUAGAAGCAUGGUCUCUAUUAUUCACUGAUAAAUUACUGGAAAAAAUAGUGAAAUACACCAACGAAUAUAUUCGCCAAUGGCGAAACGAAACAAAAACUUGUGAUGUAUUCUCCCCCACAUACUACGAUCUAAUCUUACCAGAAUUCAAAGCUCUCCUCGCACUUUUCUACUUCUCCGGUCUACAAAAAGCAGUCAACACAAAUUUAGAAGACUUAUGGUCUCUCGAUUUCGGGUCGACCUUAUACCGAAGUACAAUGCCACUAAACAGAUUCAAAUUCCUAGUUCAAAUGAUUCAUUUCGACGACAAGUCAACCAGACAAACACGUCGAGAAACAGACAAGUUUGCCCCCAUGAGGGAAAUAUGGGAAGACUUCAUCUCCAAAUGCACUCAAUAUUAUUCACCGACACUAUAUUGUACCAUUGAUGAUCAUGUACUCUCCUUUCAAGGACCAUGUCCCUUCAAAGUUUACAAUUGCGCAAAACCGGACAAGUACGGCAUGAAAAUUAUCAUGCUCAAUGAUUCAAACACCUUCUACAUGUACUCCGCAGAACCGUAUGUGGGGACAACAGAGAAAGAAUCUACGGAAAGUUUACCAUCGUACUACAUUCGCAAAUUAUCAGAAACAAUUCAGGGUAGCUGGCGAAACAUCACCUGUGACAAUUGGUUCACUUCGACGGAAAUUUUCGAUAAAAUGCUGCAAAAUUCGAUCACAAUGGUGGGUUCCAUUCGCAAAACCAAAGGUCAAAUUCCCCAGAGUUUGAAGAGCGAUGCUCCUUUGUAUUCUUCAAAAUUUCUAUUCGAUGAAACGAAGACACUUGUCAAAUACGUUCCUAGGGAGGAUAAAUUCUUACUGACCAUGUCUACUCUACACUCUUUGGUCGAAAUUGAAAUGGACACAGAGAAGCCUACUAUCAUUUCAUUCUACGAUAGUACAAAAGGAGCCACUGAAUAUUUUAACAAAUUGUGCGACGAAUACACCGUGGCUAGAAAAACAUUCCGAUGGCCUUUACGCUUUUGGUAUGGUAUGAUGGAUCAAGCUGUAAUCAACGCCUUGAUUUUGCACAAUUUUAACUAUGAAAAUCCAAAUUUAACUCGGAGGGAGUUUCUCAAAAAACUAGUCAAAGAACUCGUGGAACCACAAUUGAGACUACGGCUUUCUUUCCCGAAUCUUCGACAGGAAUUACGGAUGUCUAUUCAGUCUAUUUUGCAAGUAAAUGCAACACCACCACCGCCACCUAAAAGUCCCACGAAAGUAAGAAAAGCGACUCGCUGCAGUCUUUGCCCGAGAGCUGCAGACAGGAAAGUCAAGACUGUGUGUAAAAAUUGCCAACGAGCUGUUUGUGAAGAUCACAGAAUCAUACUGUGUUCUGUCUGUUCAAUUACCGAAUGAAUUUUUUUUUUCAUUUUUCUAUUUCUCAUCUUUCUUGUCUCAUAAUUUCCAAUCUUUCUAUUAGAUGUCGAUAACAUCUGUUAAUUGAUUAAAACUUUAUGACCAACCACAAAUAAAUAAAAGUUUGUUAAUUAUAUUUUUAAUAAAUACGAAUUGUAUAGUAAAUUUGUAAGCAGAAGUUCCUGCAGUAUUUAAAUUAGUUUCGGCUCUCAGUCGAUUUUCCUGUAACUUUUCGAAGUUCUUGUAGAGAAUAAUAUUCUCUUUUUAUAUUAUAAAAAAUGAUUAUAAAUUAAAGUUACAGAAAAAUCGACUGGGAGACAAAUCUAAUGUAAAUUUU